AUGCUUAGGUCUUCACGUUUAAUCGUCCGAAGAGGGCUUUUCAAUGGCAACAAGCUCGCCAAGUAUAACGAAAAUGAUACGUCUUUCAACCAUGAAUACUCGAUAAGGCCUGACACAUUUGCAUUCAAGGUUUCCGGUAAACAAGUGCUAUACAAUAACAGAAUAUCACCAUUCCAACUGCUCAAGAACUCAAAGUUUAACAUGCUUGAUUUCGUGUACAGAAACUCCACCAACUAUCCGUUUGCCGAAAAGACACCACAGGAGGUGUUCAAUUCCUAUCCUCCGGUCAACUCCAAGAAACUUGCAAGAAACAAGCAUCGUCCUAAGAAAGUCAAGAUGGCGGUAGGUGACUUUAUUGAAGACAGUUUAUACAACCCCAACUAUGGGUAUUUUUCACUGGAGGUGGAAAUUUUCAAGUCCGACAAGCCGUUUGACUACAACAACAUCGAGGAUGUGGACGAUUUCAUGGAAAACUGGAGACUGGCAUACUCCAAAUAUGAUCAAGAAGAGGUUGAGAUUAAGAGAAAAGAAUUGAUCAAACCCGAUGAAAAGAACUACGCUAACCCCAACUCCAAGUACGCGUCAUAUUCAUUGACCUUGUACAAUGAAGAGAAGCAGAAGUUGAGGCCAGUUCAGAAAAACAAGCGAUCUCUUCAGUUAUGGCACACUCCGACAGAAUUAUUCCAGCCAUUUUACGGAGAGGCACUCGCAAAGAGCAUUGUUCACAAAUACAAAACCGAUGCCAAAUUCAGUGGAAAGAACUUGGUGAUCUAUGAAAUGGGUGGAGGAAAUGGUACCUUGAUGGUCAAUAUAUUGAAUUACAUUAAGUUGAAUGAACCUGAAAUCUACAAAACCGCACAGUAUAAGAUCAUCGAGAUUCUGAGUCAAUUGGCCAUUAAACAAUAUAACCAGGCUCUUGGCUCCAAGCUUGUAGCCCAAAACCUAGAUGCUUCCAAAUGUGAAAUCAUUAACAAAUCGAUUUUCGAAUGGUCAGAAACGGUUCAAGAUCCAGUAUUUUUCAUUGCGUUAGAGGUGUUUGACAAUUUCGCUCAUGACUUGAUCCGUUACGAUAACGAAACCGGUGAACCACACCAAGGAUACGUUUUAGUUGAUGAUAAGGGCGAUUUUUAUGAGUUUUUCACGCCUGAAUUGAACUACUAUUCGGAAAGCUUUUUGCAGUUGAGAGAGAAUGGCGAACAAGGUCUUCUUGGUAAAAAGAACACAAUCAAAGGUAGAUGGAAAGGCUUCAAAAGCUCCAUUCCCUUCAUCAACAAAGACGAUAUUCAUCCACUACACCACUCAAGAAAAAAGUUGUUGUGGCACAACACCAUUCUCCCUUUCAAAGACAACCUAUCACCAGGUGAGUUCAUUCCCACCCGACUUCUACACUUUUUCCAUGUAUUGCAACAUAGGUUUCCCAACCACAGUCUUGUAUCGUCAGAUUUCAACUUCUUACCAAGUACGGUAGAGGGAUACUACAAUGGGCCCGUUGUGCAAACUGUGUUGAAAGAUAGAAUGAUUGACAUUUCCACUUACAUGUGCAACCAGGGAUACUUUGAUAUCAUGUUUGCAACCGACUUUCAAUUAGCCAGUGAUUUGUAUCGUCAAGUCACGGGAAAAACAGCACAGGUGGAGCUGCAUAAGGGUUUUUUACAGAAAUGGUCGGAUUUGAAGGCUACUAACACCAAACGGGGAGAGAAUCCCAUGCUUGAAUUCUACACCAAUGUGAGUUUCAUGACCAGUUAG